UCGACAGUUAGAACGUUUAAAGAGAACUGCAUAAUUCAUUUUUUAAACUAAAACUGACCGACUGAAAAAUAAUAAUGGAUUUUAAUAUACUCCGACAAAUGGGUAAUGAUGAGGCGACGUUAAGAAUUUUGUCCGAUUUGGGCAGAAGACAGGAGAGAAGAAAUGAUUUCCUCGAUGGAAUGUUGAGUAGAAUCGCUGAGAGGCGAGCUAAUCCACGUAUGCCGGUAGUAGUGCCGCAACCAGAACCAGGGGUGGAACUACAACCAGAACCAGAGGUGGAAACACCACCACAACCAGAACCAGAGGUGGAACCACAACCCGAACCAGACGUGGAAACACAACCAGAGGUGGAACCACAGCCACAACCAGAGGUGGAACUACCACCACAAGCAGAGGUGGAACCACAACCACAGGGAGAACCACAACCAGAGGUUCAAGCACAACCACAGGGAGAACCACAACCAGAGGUUCAAGCACAACCAGAACCGCCACCACCACCACAACCACAACUACAACUACUGAUUAAUCGAGUUAUUUCAAGUAUCAUGCGUGAAAAACUUAAACGUAAUAGACGAUAUUUAAGUCGUCAAUUUCCACUUAUAUUAUUAGAGGGAUAUGAAAUCCGAUAG